ACAGCACCAGACUAUAGCACACUAUUUGAAAGUUCGGAGGAAAACUCAGAUACAACAGAAAAAUCUAGUGACACAGAAACAGAAAAAUCAGACAUGACCCCAUCCAUAAGUGUUAAACCAAAAAUAAACGUAGAUUUAAUAUCAGAUGAAGCUUAUUUUGUUGUCAGUGACCUGCAAGAUGCCACUGAAUUCACCAUAGAAAAGAAGCACUUUAAGAAGACCAUGGAGGACUGGUACUGUGCGGCAUUAGAUUAUUAUGCUGAAAAGAAAAGUGAUCAUGAAAACUGUGCAUUUAUACCAGUAAAAGAGUUAUAUAAAAAGGGAAAAGAAAAGGAGGACCUUGGCGAUAGCAAAGAUGAAUUUGAUGAGGAAGAAAUGAAGGUGCUCCUGGCCAAAAAAGCAAGUGAAUUGGAAGAGGAUGAACAAAGGAAAGUAGCAGACUAUCAGAAAUAUCAAAUGUUGGAAACUCAGAAGAAGUUAGCGGAGCUAACCCAAGCACAUGACCGAAGAGAAAGAGAGCUACCUAAACAAAAAAACAAAAGUAUAUUUGAUACAGUAGCAGAAUACCUGGAAAAGAAUCAGACUGGUCCAGAUGAUUAUAAAUUAGAAAUUAACUUAGAUAACAGUGAUGAUGAAGAAGAAGCAUCUGACGAGGAAGAAGAGGCUGACCAGGGUG